AUGCAUGCUUUCUUUUCAGCUUCUCUAGCCGAUGUUCAAUUUGUUGUUAUAAAUUUAUCAUCACACUUGAACGAUUUAACUUCAGUUCUGCUAGCUACUCUCUUUUCAUUGGCAUCUGAUUCUAUAGUUAUCUAUCAAAAUGAAACAAAGCUCGAUUUCUCGCAAUGGCCCAAUAAGAUCAUCUUACUGUUUACUACAACCCAAUUCGCUGCAACAUUGAAAAAUGUACCAACGUGUGUUACAAUCUAUGCCUUGAAUAGUGAUGACUGCAAUUUUGAAGACCCAUAUCAUUUUGCGACUAUUCAAGACCUAGUAGAUCAAUUAUCUAACGCAAUAGUUCAAAAAUAUCGAUUAGAAACUUGUCGAUACAAUCAAAUCGGAGAACCAGACAAAGCUAACGAGCAAGAAAUGAAAGCAAAUAGAGUCGAACAUGAAAUUAAAAAAGUAUACGAGCAAAUGAAAGAGAACUCUCCGAAGAAACCAUUGCAUAAUAUAGCGUUAACCAUAAUUUGGUUGAGGCCAGAAGUGGGAGAUAUGGAGUCUCUCAAGGAAGUUUUUGGAGAAUAUUUUUCGUCUUAUCAUUCCUUUUUUAACCAACAUACUUGUCAUUAUUAUAUAGUCGAAAAUGAACAUCGAAAUGAUAUAUUUUUGAUUAUGAACACUAGUUCUGAACAAUCGAUUGCAAAUGGUUUUCGUCAAUUUUCUAAUGUUAAAAAUAUUUAUUUUUAUGGUCAGUCAACGAAUUCCGAUGAAAAAACUUUUGAUACUCGAAAUGAUCUUUAUUAUCGUUUGACAUAUGAUCUCAUAGGUCAUUAUGGAGAAUUAGGUGAUAAUUAUCAGGAAAACGAUCAAUUAAAGGAAGCUCGCGAUUUUUUUAUGAAUACAGUUGAGGACAUAGAAUAUGACACCAAUUAUUCUCUGGUAGAUACUCAUUGGCUAUUACUUUACGAUGAUCAUCGUGAUCAAACAGGUCCUUCGAUAGCGGUGGAAGUGGCCCAUGCACAUUUGUUGAAAUUUAUCCGUACCUAUCAUACUUUACCCGAUUGUCAACAACAUAUUCGUAAUAAUCGCCAAAAAACUAUUAAAAUAUUUAUCACUAAUAAUAAACUAGUUGAUUGGGAUAAUAAUGCUGAUGCUUCUGAUUUAGAUUUAAAGAAAUUAUAUAUCUAUUGUAAUACGGCUCGCAGUUUUGCCGAUAUGAAAAGGUGGAACGGAUGUUAUCAAGAUAAAAUCGAAGACGUAUUUAUGUACGAUGAGCUUAAUUAUCGCUUGGUAUAUGUUGGAAUUAAUCAUGCAAAUGAAGCUAGCAAAAUUUUUGAAACAAAUGCUGGUUUAUAUAGAAAAUGUCUUGAGGAUGCAAGGCGACUUUGUGAUGCAUUAUCCGAUAAGUUUCAAAAAAAAAAAGAUAUGAUUGAUAUUAAACUAAGUGAACAAAGUACUCAACAAUAA